GGGCACAUGGACCAGAAAUACUUCCUAGAAACAGCAAGUAGGCUGCUCAACCCUGCCUGAACUUUCCUGUAAACACAGCGCACUGACAGACGGCAUCCCUGCUGGGUGGAUCCUGCAACUCCUAGAGGGAAUGGCACUUCUUGUUUUUAAUUAGCAAGGUAAAAGGUGAAUUAAAACUAGCAGUUUGGCAAGUCAGUGCAAGAGGCUGACUUCUGAGAGGCUUCAGCGAGCCAGAGGAGAAGUGAUCCACGGAGAAAGCAGCAGUGCGUGUGCUCUCUUCUUUCAGAAUCCACCGGCUUAGUUGCUGAAGAGAGCUCUAGACAGGACAUGGCUCUGAAGACGCGCUCUUUGGAAUGUCCUCUUGCUCCCGGCUUAUAAACAACUGUCCUGAGGAAAGAAAGGUUUUACAUAUCCAAAUACAGCCUGACAAAUGGCACUUUGGAACUGUGCUUUUUGAUGACAACGCGUUCGAUUUCUGACAAAGCCUCUCGCACGCUGCCCCUGGAGGGAAGUCCUAAGUAAAACUCAAACCCUCCUGAAAGUGAGGAGCGGAGAGGGCUUGCACGGUGGGAGCGCGGCAGCAUGGCAUCCGCUGGGCAUAUUAUCACCUUGCUCCUGUGGGGUUACUUACUGGAGCUGUGGACGGGAGGUCACACAGCUGAUACCCCCCACCCCCGGUUACGCCUGUCACAUAAAGAACUCUUGGAACUGAACAGAACAUCAAUAUUUCAUAGCCCUUUUGGAUUCCUUGAUCUCCAUGCAAUGCUGCUGGAUGAAUAUCAAGAGCGACUCUUCGUGGGAGGCAGGGACCUUGUGUAUUCCCUCAGCUUGGAGAGAAUCAAUGACGGCUAUAGAGAGAUACACUGGCCUAGUACAGCUCUAAAAAUAGAAGAAUGCAUAAUGAAAGGAAAAGAUGCAAGUGAAUGUGCAAAUUAUGUUCGGGUUUUGCAUCACUAUAACAGGACACACCUUUUGACCUGUGGUACUGGAGCUUUUGACCCAAUUUGUGCCUUCAUCAGAGUUGGAUAUCAUUUGGAGGAUCCUCUGUUUCACCUGGAAUCACACAGAUCUGAGAGAGGAAGGGGCAGAUGUCCUUUUGACCCCAGCUCCUCCUUCAUCUCCACUUUAAUUGGUAGUGAAUUGUUUGCUGGGCUCUACAGUGACUACUGGGGCAGAGACGCUGCAAUCUUCCGGAGCCUGGGGCGGCUGGCCCACAUUCGCACUGAGCACGACGAUGAACGCCUGUUGAAAGAACCAAAGUUUGUAGGUUCAUAUAUGAUUCCUGAUAAUGAAGACCGAGAUGACAACAAAGUGUAUUUCUUUUUUACGGAGAAGGCCUUGGAAGCAGAAAACAAUGCUCACACAGUUUACACCAGAGUGGGGCGACUCUGUGUGAAUGACGCAGGAGGGCAGAGAAUACUGGUGAAUAAGUGGAGCACUUUCCUAAAAGCCAGACUGGUUUGCUCAGUACCAGGAAUGAAUGGAAUUGAUACGUAUUUUGAUGAAUUAGAGGAUGUCUUUUUGCUACAUACCAGAGAUCAUAAGAACCCAGUGAUAUUUGGACUCUUUAACAUGACCAGUAACAUAUUUCGAGGGCAUGCUAUAUGUGUCUAUCAUAUGUCUAGCAUCCGGGCAGCCUUUAAUGGACCAUAUGCACAUAAGGAAGGACCUGAGUAUCACUGGUCACUCUAUGAAGGAAAAGUCCCUUACCCAAGACCUGGUUCUUGUGCCAGUAAAGUAAAUGGAGGGAGAUAUGGAACUACCAAAGACUAUCCUGACGAUGCCAUCCGAUUUGCAAGAAGUCAUCCACUAAUGUACCAGUCUAUAAAACCUGCUCACAAAAAACCAAUACUGGUAAAAACAGAUGGAAAAUAUAACCUGAAACAAAUAGCAGUGGAUCGAGUAGAAGCUGAGGAUGGCCAAUAUGAUGUGUUGUUUAUUGGUACAGAUAAUGGAAUUGUGCUGAAAGUAAUCACAAUUUACAACCAAGAAACAGAAUCAAUGGAAGAAGUAAUUCUAGAAGAACUUCAGAUAUUCAAGGAUCCAGUUCCUAUUAUUUCUAUGGAGAUUUCUUCAAAGAGACAACAGCUGUAUAUUGGAUCUGCUUCUGCCGUGGCUCAAGUCAGAUUCCAUCAUUGUGACAUGUAUGGAACUGCUUGUGCUGACUGCUGUCUGGCUCGAGACCCUUACUGUGCCUGGGAUGGCAUAUCCUGCUCCCGGUAUUACCCAACAGGCACACAUGCAAAAAGGCGGUUUCGCAGACAAGAUGUUCGGCAUGGAAAUGCAGCUCAGCAAUGCUUUGGACAGCAGUUUAUUGGGGAUGCUUUGGAUAAGACCGAAGAGCGACUGGCUUAUGGCAUAGAGAACAACAGUACUUUGCUGGAAUGCACCCCACGAUCUUUACAAGCAAAAGUCAUCUGGUUUGUACAGAAAGGACGUGACACAAGAAAAGAGGAGGUGAAGACAGAUGACAGAGUGGUUAAGAUGGACCUUGGUUUACUCUUCUUAAGGGUACACAAAUCAGAUGCUGGGACCUAUUUUUGCCAGACAGUAGAGCAUAGUUUUGUCCAUACUGUCCGUAAAAUCACUUUGGAGGUAGUGGAAGAGGAACGAGUUGAAGAAAUGUUUAACAAAGACUACGAGGAGGAUGGGCCUCACAAAAUGCCUUGUCCUGCACAGAGCAGCAUCCCGCAGGGAGCAAAACCAUGGUACAAGGAAUUCUUGCAGCUGAUUGGUUAUAGCAACUUCCAGAGAGUGGAAGAAUACUGUGAAAAAGUAUGGUGCACAGAUAAGAAGAGAAAAAAGCUUAAAAUGUCACCCUCCAAGUGGAAGUAUGCCAACCCACAGGAAAAGAAGCUGCGUUCCAAACCUGAGCACUACCGCCUGCCCAGGCACACGCUGGACUCCUGAUGGCCUGAAACCAUCUACUGUCUUUUGAAGAAUUUAUAUUUGGAAUCUAAGAGAGAAUAAGAAACCAUUCAACUUCUUUGCAUUACUUAAUAGACAUUUCUGUAAUACAGAAAUGACUGAAGGUGUUAUAAUAAAUUAUUCUAUAUACACAUUUGACUGGUCAGAUAAAUCACAUAAAAUUAAUUUAUAAAAUAAGUGCAUUGCUUAAUGGUUUCACAUUAUAUUUAUCAAAAAAGGGACCAUAGCUGUAGUUUUCAGAAACUUGGAUGCUUUUUCAUAGUAUUAUUUUACUCUUGUAAGAUGUAAGAUUAGAAUAUCGAAGAAAAAUUAGAAUUUCAUAAUCAUGGAAAAUAUAAAGAUACAUGUUUUAACCUUUCUGAAUUUUUCUUUUCUACCACUAUGUAAAAUAUACAUAACAUCGGAUACUUCAACAUUCUUUUGUGAGCUUUCUGUACUCUUUAGGAAUUAUUGCAUUAACGUUGUCCAAUCCACCAGUUUUAAGUAGCAGGUGUGUUGUGAUUGCUAUAAACCAUGAAGGAAAAAUGUGGUCACUCUGAGGCUUGUGCCUUUCAUAAAACAUUCAUAAAAUCACAUUCAUAAUAUUAUAGUUUCAUAACAAAAACACAUCCUUUAAAUUUCACUCCAGUGAGGAAAGAAUGAAGCCAAGGUAACUUCUCAGAAAGAUGCCAAAGUCAGUCAAAUCAGACGGAGUUACACUAAUUGCAACUACUGUAAACGAUUUUUGCUGCCCUCUUGUGGUAGAAAAAGUAUAUUCUCAUACAUUUCCUUUUCUUCUACAGAUACAACUGCCUAGGAAAGAUUUGAAAACUGAUCAGUAGAUGAUACAUCUAGUCCAUUUUCAGAAAAAGUUAACUGAAAUUUUAAAAAAAUUGUUAAAGCUUAUGUCAAGCUUUAAUACGAAGGUAUUCUGUUUAUAGAUUAUUAUCUCACAAGUCAGAAAUGAGUUUGUAGCACUGAAGAUCUACUAAAGCUUAAAAUUUUACAUUUCUAACAUCUUCCCUGAAAUCUAAAAGACAUAGAAACGGUUUAUUUAUGAAAAAAAUAUUAAAGUAUUUGCUAUCAGAGACCAAAUUUUCUUCUCUAUAUUUACAGACAGGAAAAUUAUGAGUUCACUUAACUACUGAGAUGUUCAGAGUAUUUUUACCUUUCUAUUAUGAAUAUUACCAAAAUUUUGUAUUUGAGAAUAUUUCUUGAAGUCUUUUCUUCUAUUUUAAGUAUUUAAUAAUUACCUUUCUAAAGUGAUAUUUUCAUGAGAUUUUUUCAUUUAAGUAAAAAUUGAAAGCAAGUGGAUUAUAUACAAAAUUACAAAUAAUUUAGAUGUUAAUUUUAAAUGUUUCAUUUUUUAUAGUUAGCUCAAGGCUACAUGUGGCCUUCCAAGAUCCUCAAGCACAGCCCCUCAACUGAAUCUAAAUUUCACAGAACAAAUCCCUGUAUUAAAGUAACUUAUUCUUUUUUAAUAAAAGGAUCUGUUCUGUAAAAUUU